GGUUUGAGCGAGUCUCUAUGCUGGCGAUUCUUCUGAACUGCGUGACGUUGGGAAUGUUCCAGCCAUGUGACGACGUUCACUGUCUCAACAAGCGCUGCUUCUUCCUACAGGCUCUGGACGACGGUAUCUUUGCGUUCUUUGCGGUGGAGAUGCUGGUGAAGAUGGUGGCUCUAGGUCUUCUAGGUCAGAAGGGUUACCUUGGCGAUACCUGGAACAGACUGGACUUCUUCAUCGUCAUCGUCGGGAUGUUGGAGUAUUCUCUAGACGGACACAAUGUCAGCCUAUCAGCUAUCAGGACUGUCAGGGUGCUCCGCCCACUACGAGCCAUCAACAGAGUACCCAGUAUGCGUAUCCUGGUGACUCUGCUCCUAGACACUCUCCCCAUGCUGGGGAACGUCCUGGCACUGUGUUUCUUCGUCUUCUUUAUCUUCGGCAUCGUCGGCGUGCAGCUGUGGGCGGGGCUACUGAGGAACAGGUGCUUCAUGGGAGAAGACUUCAGAACGAUAUACAACGUCUCCUACCUGACUGUGUACUAUCGGCCCGAGGAGACGGAGGACAUCCCCUUUAUCUGCUCAACCAAUCGGGAGAACGGAAUGCUGCGGUGUUCCGACGUUCCGCGCCGCCGUGUGGACGGGUCGUGGUGCAUGCUGGGGGCAGAAGGUGUAGAGGAGGAGCCUGGGGCAGAUGGACCAAUAGGAAGAGGCUGUGUGAACUGGCACCGGUAUUAUAACGUGUGCCGGGCCGGGGAGCUAAACCCUCACAAAGGAGCCAUCAACUUUGACAACAUCGGAUACGCCUGGAUUGCUAUCUUUCAGGUGAUAACUCUGGAAGGUUGGGUGGACAUCAUGUACUAUGUAAUGGAUGCUCACUCCUUCUACAACUUCAUCUACUUUAUCUUCCUCAUCAUCGUGGGCUCGUUCUUCAUGCUGAACCUGUGCCUGGUCGUCAUAGCAACCCAGUUCUCGGAGACGAAGCAGCGGGAGAACGCCCUGAUGAGGUCGGAGCAGCGCGCCCGUUACCUCAGCAACGCCUCCACUCUGGCGUCCUAUCAGGAACCGGGGUCUUGUUACGAGGAGACGCUGCGUUACAUCGGUCAUCUGUACCGUAAACUGACCCGCAGAGCCGCCCGGGUCGUCAAGCGCUUCUCCACGCCCACGCCUCGCCGCACCUGUCCCUGUUGGACACGCCAACGCACACCCAAAGGAGAGGUGAACGGACUGGCCAAUCGGCACUCGGGACACGCUCACGGUGUCUUCCACCUUGCUCAUUGUCGUCCUCCUCCUCCUCCUCCUCUUCCUCGUCCGUCUAACUCUGUAGGGGUGGAGAUGAGUAACGGGGGUAACGGGGGAGUAGGGAGGAAGGGCGGGGAGUUAAACUACCCCUCUAUCUACCCCCACGACCUCUACGACCUGACCCCUGACCCCGGCUACGUGACCUCCGGUGGGAGGGGCCACGCCGUCUCAGUGGAGGCGCUCAGCAAACUGCAGCAACUGGUGUUAGAACACGAUAAGAAGGCGGAGCACUGGGAGUCGUUGCCGUGCCCCUACUGCGUCCACGACGACCAGCUUAGUGACAACGACCAUGCCGAUUUUGAACCAGGCAACCAGCGCCACGGCAACCAGAGCCCUGGCCGCGGUAACAGCCUCCGGCGUGUAGAUGGACAGGCCCUGAGGCCAAUCGGAGAGCUAGUUGGGUGGUGGGCGGAGCUACAGACCAGGUUGGAGCAUGUGGUGAGCAGUAGAUACUUCAACAGAGGGAUCAUGAUCUCCAUCCUCAUCAACACUCUCAGUAUGGGGAUAGAGUUCCACCAACAGCCCCAGGAGUUGACUGACAUCCUAGAGAUCAGUAAUCUAGUGUUCACCAGUCUCUUCAGUCUGGAGAUGCUUCUGAAGCUGCUGGCCUUCGGACUCUUCGGCUACAUCAAGAACCCGUACAACGGCUUUGACAGCGUCAUCGUAAUCAUCAGCGUCUGGGAGAUCAUUGGACAGGCGGACGGCGGUCUGUCCGUCCUGCGGACGUUCCGUCUGCUGCGUGUCCUGAAGCUGGUCCGGUUCCUGCCUGCCCUGCGCAGACAGCUGGUGGUUCUGAUUAAGACCAUGGACAACGUAGCCACCUUCUGCAUGCUGCUCAUGCUGUUCAUCUUCAUAUUCAGUAUCCUAGGCAUGCAUCUGUUUGGCUGUAAGUUUGGACUGAAGCUGGACAGUGGCGACACGCUACCUGACAGGAAGAACUUUGACUCGCUGCUCUGGGCUAUCGUCACUGUGUUCCAGAUUCUGACUCAGGAGGACUGGAAUGUGGUCCUGUAUAACGGCAUGGCCUCCACCUCUCCUCUCGCUGCUCUCUACUUUGUAGCUCUGAUGACGUUUGGGAACUACGUCCUCUUCAACCUGCUGGUGGCCAUCUUGGUGGAGGGCUUCCAGGCGGAGGGUGAUGCUAACAGGUCAGAGGCCGACGAUGAGAAACUGUCGACUUUAGAAGAGGAGGAGAAGAUGAAGGAGCUGUAUUCAACAGAGUUGAAGCUCCAGGCGAUGAUGUUGACCCCUAACGGCCUUCUGAACCCCCGUGCCUCCAUGCCCCUCCCGCCCCUCCCGUCCCCGCGGCAACGUCCGCCGCUCAUCCUGCACACCUUGGCCACGCCCACGACUCGCGACAGCCAUUCACGACGGGGCAGCGCGGUCUCUACGGAUACAAGCAACACCCUGGACCCCAGGUCACCGUCUCCGUGGGACAGCCGACGCGCCAGCUGGUCUUCCAUUGGCCGAGGUACCAGCCUACAGCAGAGGAGGAGCCAAUCAAGUGAGAGGGAUUCUCUGCUGUCAGAGGGGGCGGGGUCAGAAUGGUCCAUACCCAAUUGGGGGUGGAGCAGGGAGGAGUCUCUCGACCUCCUGGAUCAAUCGGAGUAUCUGACCGUGCCGAUGCUCCGCCCACCUGAAUGUAACGGGAAGACCUUUCACCUCCCUGAUGCCGGGACCCUCCGUUACUAUAGCGACCACGAGGAGGAGGAGGAGGCUGAGGAGAGUGUGUGUUUACAGGUGAAGCUCUUCCUGGAGCCCUAUCAGCCCCAGUGGUGUAUAGACCAUGAGGACUGGGCUCUCUACCUGUUCUCCCCGUGUAACAGGUUUCGUCAGUGGUGCCAGAGAGUGAUAACACACAAGAUGUUUGAUCACAUAAUCCUCCUCUUCAUCUUCCUCAACUGCAUCACCAUCGCUCUGGAGAGACCGGACAUACAGCCACACAGCACAGAGAGAGUCUUCCUCAGUGUGUCCAACCACAUCUUCACUGUGAUCUUCAUAGCAGAGAUGACCGUUAAGGUGGUAGCCCAGGGGCUGUACUCAGGUGAAGAGGUCUAUCUGAAGAGCAGCUGGAACGUUCUGGAUGGAUUGUUGGUGUUUGUGUCUCUGCUGGACAUUCUGGUUUCCGUAGCGUCCGCCGGCGGUAACCGUAUCCUAGGAAUCCUCCGAGUACUGAGACUCCUGCGAACCCUUCGUCCACUCAGGGUGAUCAGUCGAGCCCCAGGGCUGAAGCUGGUAGUAGAGACUCUGAUCACGUCUCUGAGACCCAUCGGAAAUAUCGUCCUCAUCUGCUGCGGUUUCUUCAUCGUGUUCGGAAUACUGGGAGUACAGCUUUUCAAGGGUAAGUUCUUCCACUGUGAGGGCGUGGAUGUGAGGAACGUGACCAAUAGGACUGACUGUCUCCGUGCCGGCCACCGAUGGAUACGACGCAAAUACAACUUCGAUAACCUGGGACAGGCGUUGAUGUCUCUGUUUGUGCUGUCCUCUAAAGACGGGUGGGUCAGCAUCAUGUAUGACGGACUGGACGCCGUGGGGGUAGACCAGCAGCCGGUGAGGAACCACAACCCGUGGAUGCUCCUGUUCUUCAUCUCCUUCCUCCUCAUCGUCAGUUUCUUCGUCCUCAACAUGUUCGUGGGCGUGGUCGUGGAGAACUUCCACAAGUGUCGUCAGGACCAGGAAGAAGAGGAGCAGCGGCUACGGGAAGAGAAGAGAGCCAAGAGAGCAGAGAAGAGGAGGAGGAAGGCCCAGGAACGUCCCUACUUCGCAGACUACUCCCCGGUGCGUCUCACCAUCCACACGUUGUGCACCAGCCACUACCUGGACCUCUUCAUCACCGUCAUCAUCGCUACCAACGUCCUCACCAUGAGCAUGGAGCACUACAACCAGCCACAGUAUCUGGAGGAGGGGUUAAAGUAUUGUAACUACAUCUUCACUCUGGUGUUCGUCAUCGAGACGGUCCUCAAACUCAUCGCCUUCGGACUGAGACGCUUCUUCAAGGAGAGGUGGAACCAGCUGGAUCUGUCCAUCGUGCUGUUGUCCGUAAUGGGCAUCACUCUGGAAGAGAUCGACCUGAACGCUUCGCUACCCAUAAACCCUACGAUCAUACGCAUCAUGAGAGUACUGAGGAUCGCCAGAGUGUUGAAGCUGUUGAAGAUGGCAACAGGGAUGAGAGCUCUCCUGGACACUGUAGUUCAGGCCCUGCCUCAGGUGGGGAAUCUGGGUCUCCUCUUCAUGUUGCUGUUCUUCAUCUAUGCUGCGCUGGGAGUAGAGCUGUUUGGGAAACUGGAGUGUUCCGAGGAGAACCCGUGUGAGGGUCUGAGUCGUCACGCUACGUUCCAGAACUUUGGCAUGGCGUUCCUCACCUUGUUCCGCGUUUCCACCGGUGACAACUGGAACGGAAUUAUGAAGGACACGCUGCGGGACUGUCGUCCAGAAGACCGCUCCUGUCUGACCUACCUUCCUCUGAUCUCUCCGGUGUACUUCGUGACCUUCGUCCUGACGGCCCAGUUCGUGCUGGUCAACGUGGUGGUGGCGGUGUUGAUGAAACACUUGGAGGAGAGCAACAAGGAGGCGCAGGAAGAGGCAGAGGAGGAGGCCAAGGAGGAAGAGGCGCGUCAAGAGGAGGCCAGGCAAGAGGAGGCGCGCCAGGAAGCCAGCCGUCCCCUUAGCAACGCCGCAGUGGGCGGGGUGGAAUCAUCUGGACAGGUUGUGGAAGAAGAGCGUUGUCGUGGUAGCCUGCUGACGGUGGGCCGGCCGUCUCUGUCUCGUAUGAUGUCUCUGCCCAGCGACAGCUACAUGCUCCGCCCCCUACAGCCCCUCGGACACACCCGCUACCCUCCCAUUGGCCACGACACCUACAAGGGAUGCGGUUUCUCAGGUUCUGUCUACUCCAUGGGUUCUAUCGGAGCAGGAUCCCUGCUGCAGGUCCCGGGGGCGUUACCAUCUGGAAGCCACGCCUCCCUCAGCUCGAAGGGCUCCAGCUGCAGACCGACAGUCAGACUCAGCCCCUCCCACAGCGUAGACAGACACACCCCCUGGAGGCCCGUCCACGUCGACGGCAGACGAGCGUCGUUUUACCGUAGUUCUCACGACGCACACAGUUACAGACUCAGCCCUGCUCAGAGCAUCGACGGACACUCCUCCCGUUACCUCGAUAGACGGGCCUCUUAUCUACGUAGCUCCUCCCACAGCAUGGACAGUAGACACACCCCUUAUAUCCACAGCCCCUCCCACAGCAUGGACAGUAGACACACCCCUUAUAUACACAGCCCCUCCCACAGCAUGGACAGUAGACACACCCCUUAUAUCCACAGCCCAUCCCACAGCAUGGACAGUAGACACACCCCUUAUAUACACAGCCCCUCCCACAGCAUGGACAGUAGACACACCCCUUAUAUCCACAGCCCAUCCCACAGCAUGGACAGUAGACACACCCCUCAUAUGGAUAGACACACCCCUUACAUCCACAGCCCCUCACAUGGCAUCAAUAGACACACCUCUCAUAAUAAUAGACACACCUCUUAUAUGAGCAGCCCCUCCCACAGUAUAGACAGACGGGACUCUUAUAGGCUUAGCCCCUCCCACAGCAUGGACAGACAGCCGGGACCCACUUCCUCCAUCAGUGUGAGGAGACAGCUGAGGAGACAGGAAGCGGUACGUUAUGACUCUGAGGACCUGAGCUGCAGUUCCACCGACGAUCUGCGUCGGAGCUCUGUCGACGGCACCCACCUCACCGUACCCAGCAUGCACCUCUCUCCACUACCCAGCCUGCCCCCUGGUGGAAACACACACCUGGACGUACACCAGCCUUCCUCGCCUUCCCUCUCCCUCCGAGGAUGCACCUCCAGCGCACACACACUCCGCCACACACACACCGUACACACACUGCGUCACACACACAGUCAGAGGGUUAUAUCGACAAGAAGACACAGUAGGAGCCACAGUGAUAGUGGCCCCCAGACGACAGACAACCCGCAGACCCCAGCCCAGACCUCGGGCCCCAGCUCCAGGCCCGUCUCUCUCUGCUCUGGAGGUCCCAGCCUGUCCUUCUCCUCUCCCUCCACUCCCCAGAGGCCUGAGAUACCCCAGACCCCGGGCCCGGGCCCCAGCUCCAGGCCCAUCUCUCCUCCUUCUACUCCCCAGAGCCUUCAGACCAGCUUUGAUCCAAACCAGAGCCCCAUUUCCAGCCCUGGUCCAUUUCCCAUGAUCCUCGAUUCCAGUCCCAGCCGUAUCCCCACUUCCUUUCUAGAUGAGACAGAUAUUGAAAUCUGUCGCAUCACACGCCGCUCGUCCAGCCCCCCACACACACCCCGUUCCCCUCACCCCUACCUGUCCCUCCACGCCUGCCUCUCAUUUGAAGAGGACCAGAGGAGCCUGUGUCUCACCGGCCAAUCGGCGUCGUCUCCCGUUCGAGAGAGGACCAGGAAGCAGAGGAUGAGCCCGCCUUGCAUCUCCGUAGCGCCACCUGCUGAAGCCCAGGUUUCCACGACGACCCGGUCGACGGACGGAAGCGCGCACCUGAGGAGGCGGACCCUGUCGGUUGACUCCGCCUCUCGGAGAGACUCGUUGGACACGGACCCAGCGGAGACACGCCUUUCUGUCCCUUUUCUCCAAUUGGACUCUAGCUUUGUAAGAGUCACGGUGGAUUCUGACCAAUCGGGAUGCUCGUUGUUGACGGACAGCGAAUCGACCGUCGACGGGGAGGCGGAGGGGGAGGGGAGAGAAGUGGGAGGAGGAGCUCGGAACUCACAGUCUCUGCUGGGAUUGGUUCCCAACCCUCUCAGGAGGAGGAGCUUAGUGCGCAUGCUCAGCACACGGGAAGGAGAGGGGGAGGAGUCUCAACCCUGACCCUUGACCCUUGACCUUUGAGAAAUCGUUUUCCUUUUCUCCAACCCUAGAGAGACUCUGUGGCGACGCAGCAGGGUUUUAAUCCAGGCCUGUUGGAACGGGUCCUGAUUCAGCCAAUCAGCUCCUUGAUAAGGACAUCCCUAACCUAACUGAAUGAUAUGCAAAAUAGGACCCGCCCACCUUCUCCCUCCCUCACCCACCGAUUGGUGGGAAACUGUGAGCGGUUUGUCUGUUAGGAGAAAGUUAUGUGUCGUACAGAAAUCUGCCGUGAGUUUACCUUUAACUACGUCACCUUUAAUCACCUUUGACCCCUUUCACCCCCCACCCGCCCCCCUGGCAACAGCCUCUCUCGUUCGCCGUCGGAGUGACGUCACGUUCCUUCCGGAAAAGACUUUUCACGAAGAGGUUUAUUAUCACUAGAUCUAAAGACGUCACCUUUAACCUUGGACCUUUUUUAAUCUGUUGUUUGUCUGUUACCUUCCUUAUUGUACAGCUUCUGUUAGGUCCUGGUUUUAGUCCAGAACCUUCUCCUAUAUUGUUAAAUAUAUGGCUGGUUAUACGACUGUGGUUUACUGUAACUAACUAACUAACUGGCAGGUUAGGAACUCUGUCACUGUAACUUAUAACUACUAGAACUACUCUCUCCCUCUCUCCUCUCUCUCCUCCUCCUCCUCCUCCUCCUCUCUCUCUCUCUCUCUCUCUCUCUUGCUCUCUCUCCUCCUGUCUCUCCCUCUCUCUUCCUGUCUC